UUUUGAUGCACUCAAUUUAAUAUAAUACACUUGUAAUACACUUAUAAUACACUUGUUUGCAUUUUUUAGUUAUCAAAUGCUGAAGAUAUGUUAGCUAGCCAUGACAAUAAUUAUAAUGAUAAUGCGCAUCGCCCGUUGUCGGGUCGCGAGUUUUUGCCAUUUUUAGAGUCCCGACCAUUUAACACUCAUAGUGGUGAAUGCACAGGAAACGACCAUUAUGAUUUUGGCCAAUCAGCGACUGACAGUGAUGAGACUAGCGAGGAAUUCGACAUGGUCACUACCCAGAAGCAUUUCACUGAAGGUAUUCAUUACACUAAAGAAAGUGAACAUGGAGAUGCAUCUUCUAUUAAACAAGAUUCAAAAAAAGAAGUUUCAAGCAGACACACCAACAAUGUGGUCAAAACCUUAGCACAAUCCAAUAAAGAAAACAAAUGCAUAAAACGUAGAAGAUGCAUACCGAAUGUCCAUACUCCAGAAAGGAACAACCAAAACAUCGCGCAAUUAAUGAACGUAAAGAGACAAAAGCGGAAGUAGUCUUUAAAAGGCUGUAGAUUUGCUCCAAGACUUUCGACCAAAAUAAAAAUAGUAUAAUCCUUGUCUAAACAACUUGGUCUUUACAACGGCACCAAACACGUGUGCAUUUUUUGUUUUUUUGUAGCAAAAAAUACGGUUUUUUCUAUUUUGUUUCUGAAACUGAUGUUAUUUAAGAAUAUUAAAAUGAAUGUGGUGUCAACUUCACACUUUAUGCUAAUUUUGAAUGUUGUGGUGAAUCCUGUGGUGAAUGUGAGGAUGAAUGUCAGGAUGAUUGUCAGGAUGAAUCCUGUGGUACCUUCACAGUAGUGUUUAUUUUUGGAUGGGUUCCUGGCUGUUGAUCGUUUCAUAAAAACAAAUCUCGUAUUUAAAACUUUACGAUGUUUUCGUCAAAGCGGGAAAGCUGUUUUCUUGGUUGGUACUUUUUAGACAUGUUGCUUCCUAUCUCUUUCGACUAGAAUGACGCAUUUGAGGCCGUAAUGGAGGGCGAAGAUGAUGUUUUCGAAAUAGAAAAGAUCCUUCUAACAGCUGUUGAACAGGAUGUUCGCUAUUACAAAGUAAGAUGGCUGGGAUUUGAUGAAGAUCAUGAUACAUGGGAACCAGAGGAGAACUUGUUUGAUUGCAAAGAUGUUCUUGAUGCCUUCUGGGGGAAAGAUGGAAAAACGAAACAGAGCAAGCGUAAAAAACGAAAGUCGGACGGGUCGACUAACUUAAAGAAAACAAAGAAAAAGAAAAGACGCAAAGAGACAAGGAACGCCCAACUUCUUGGUUCUGUCUCUUCACUGGACGGGGUCGCUUCUCUUACUGAUGGAAAUAAAGACCUCUCGACUUCCGUUACACGAAAAAGAGGAAGGCCAAGGAAAAAGUCGGUUGCUUUCCAUGACGGUGGAAUGUCGGAGAAAACCAGCCUCGUCCUCGAGGAAUUCGAAAAAAAGAGUACUGAAGAAUCGAAUGAGAGAAGAACUUUUGAUGAUAUCACGAAAAUUUCACUCGAGAAUUAUAAAUGCGACGAUCUUUUGUCAUCUUAUCCAAUUUCAACUGAUGCUGAGCACGGGGACAAGAACUUCUCGUUCAUGUCAUCUCCCGAAUUCGUUCCGGAAUUCUGUGACGAUGGACUUAUGUUCGAUUUGCGAAGUGACGACGAGGAGAGUUUGAACGGAGAUUCCGAAUGUUACAACGCAGAUUCUGUUGGGAUUAGUUGCGAAGAUGGCGAUCUUACAUCCUCAACGAUAGCUGCCCCGGUGUUCCCACUCUCGGAGAAACCUCCCCCGGAAGAACUUCCCGUUGACGAAAGAUUGGCAAAACGUGGUGAAGAAGUCGAUAUGGAAGAGGAUGCUAUUACCAUUGUUUCAAAACAAUCGCACGGGGAACACUUCGAAACAACCGAGCACGAUGUCAAGGCGAAAAAGAAAGUUAAAAGUACGGACGCUACGUCACACGGUUGCAAAUCUCGAAAAAUCUUGCCCAACGAUGCUACACGUGCACCUAAAGAAAAGGCUAUCGACGGCAGUUUUGGGCAGUUUCAUGAGCCAUGUAACUCUCAACAAUACCACGUGAUCAAUAACGACCUAAGGUCAGGAGAAAAUAUUGCUUCGACUUCACGUGUGGUCCAUUAUGACAAUUUAGAAAGUUUGGAGCUAAAGACUCCAAUCAGUGAUGCUGAGAGGUCAGUUGCCGAUUAUGUCGAUGAAUGUAUGUCACCAGAAUUAAAAAUGGAGUGUUUUAUAUUACCAAAAAAUAAUUUUAAUGACGUUUCAGUUGAAGACACGUGCGAAGCAAAAAAAGCUGCUGCGCCGACUGAGAAGUCCGGCACCGAAUGGGAUUUAUUGGCAUUGGAUUUUGCCAAACAGGAGUGUAGAAAUGGAGGAAAUUUCGUAGCGAAUUGUUUGAAAACUUUAAACGAAAGCCAGUCUGAUCCAGGUGAAGAUCGCGCAGUAGCGUUUGAGGUACCGAAUGUAAACGAUUCUGUUUGCUCAGAAGUGAUGAGCGAAAAGGACCGUGCGGAAGCUGAAACCGAAAAGGCGCCGAGGCUUGAAAGUGUUAGAAAUGGUGAUGUAGGAGCUUCAAAAACGUUUAUGGAAGAUAAAGACGACGACAAGGUAUUUUCUGAAAAGCUUCGGGAAAUUAAUAAAAAUGGCCAUGGAGAGUCAUCAAGAAAUGUGGGAGAAAUCAGAAAUGAGCGCGUGGAACAUUUAGAGAAACGCCAAGAAACUGAUUUCGGUGAUUACGAACAUUUAGAUUAUGUUGGAGAAAUUAGAAGUGAUGUAACGGAGUCUUCAGAAAGGCAUCGAGAAUCUGAUGCAGGUGAUGAUGAACGUUUUAAUCUUGCAAGAACUGAAAAUGAUUGCAGGAAGUCUUUUCAAGAACCUCAAAAGACCGAUGUCGGUAAUAGUAAAUGCUUAAAAAAUCUUCGAGAUAUUAGAAAUGAUGAAAUGGAGUUUUCACAAAGAUUUCAAGAAACUGAUUUUGGCGAUGAUGAAUCUUAUAAUCGUGGAGAAACUAAAAAUGACUACACCAAUUCUUUACGCAGGUUUCAAGAAACUGAUGCUGGCGAUGAUGAAGAUGUAGAUAAUCUAGGAGAAAUUAGAAAUGAUGACGUGGAGUCUUUGCCGGAGCAUCGGGAGACCGAUAUUGGUGAUGAUAAACGUCAUAAUAUUGCAGAAGAAGAGUCUUCAAAAGUGCUCGAAGAAAUCAAAAAUGAUCGUAAGGGAUGUUUAAAACAGCUCGGCGUUAUCUCCAAAUCAACUGGAAGUGCUGAUGCAUCAAAGGGUGACAUGACCAGUGUGCAAGAAAUGCAGGCAAACGAGGAUGUUACCAGCGUACAGCCUGACAUAACGUCCGAUGGCGCGCCAAAGGACGAACACAAAUUUAGUGGUAACAAAGAUGGAAACUUAUCGACGGAUCCGAAGUCGGAUCUUAGUUCAAUUACUUCUUUAAGGAACCUUUCGUCUGACUUUGAGUCAUCGCAGGUUGAUGGAAAAACCUUGUCGGAAAAGUCAAGGACAGCGUCAUCUCCUAAAGUUCUUGCUCACAUUUCAGGUUUGACACAAUUUGCCUCAACUAGCAGUUUCGAUGCGUCGAAAGAAGUUGCCGAAAGCAAUGGUGAGACCGAUAUUUACAGAGCCGUUAAAGCCACUAAGGACGAGCUUUUGAACAGGCUGGAACCAACCGUACAAAAAAUGAAGGGAGUCGGAGAGGCCAGGCAAUUGAAUGCACGAAGUGAAACCGAAAAAAUUGCAAGCGAAACCACUGGUGCACAAGGGAUUCCGAAUGUUGAUUCAAAUAGUUUGAGGCCGGUGGAGAAAAUUGAAAGAAUUAACAGUGCCGAGCUGAAGAAAACAAGCAGUAAAGAUUUUGAAACUGUAUCGAAGACCACUGGUGAACUGACUAGUUUAAAAUUUACUUCAAAAAAAAUGGAGCAUUGCGAUUCUCAACCACGAAAUGCACUCGUCGCUCAACUCUCGACGUCGGUUCAUGACAAAGCGCAAAAGCCCGUGGACUCAGAUUCAGCGGCCUUAAGAAGGGACGAGAAAAGGACAAGCGAAGAAAGUGAAAUCACGAGCAAGACAACGUUGAAAAGUAACGACGGCGAUAAAAAGACAUUUUUUAAUAUACCAUUUUUGGAAGACUUUAGUAUGAAUAUAUUUUCACGAAACUCUAAGAAAGCAUCGUCAGCCGAAAUUGAUCUACCGCGAAAAAACGACGUGGUACGAAACGAGGACGUAUCACGGGAGAAAAAUGUAGUACAAAAUGAUGACGUAAUGCCAAAAUAUGACGUUGCGCGAAGAGAUGACGUAGCUACAGAUCAAGAUGUUCCUGAAAAAAAAGGUGUUUGUGGUACCGCUAACGAACAUAGUGGAACAUCUUUCUUCGGAAUUGCGCUAAAACCAAGAGAAGAAAGCUCAACGCAAGAAAAACCGUCAACAACGUCAACUGCCAGCCGGCAUGAAACCUCGGCUGUCGACAGCACAUUAUUCUCUUCGUCUGAUGCGAAGCCUUCGCAAAACAAUGCGGAACUGAAAGACUGGAAUGCCGUGACGAAAUCGACGAAAGAGGUCGGGAAAGCUCGAGAGGAUCAACCGAUAUUGUCACAAACCCUAUCGAUCAGCGGUUCCGAAGAUGAAGUCGAAAAAACGUCAACAAAUAAUCUGAAAGCAAAAGGCGUUGCAUCGAAGUCGACGUCAGCAACUGCUCGCUGUAGUCCAUUUGUUUCAUUUGCGCAUGGCAAAUACAAAACCAAGAGCCCAUGCUCCUCUUCAACCGAAUCAACUUUGACAAACACAGCAUCUUUUCACGUUAACAAAACGCUGAUUCCUUGCAAGGAACAACCCAAUCAAAGAUGUUCCUCAGACAAAACUCGCGUAGGCCAACCAUUACGUCAGCCAUCUAGUCCGUUUACGCGAUCAGUUAAGAAAACCGUCCUCUCGAAGAAUACAGCUCCGUUCGCGGUGCAACAAAACAACCGCUUUCCCGCACCAAAAAGGUUGAAUCAUUUUAUGCUCAGGCGUCUUUCUGCGAUGAUCGCUAGAAAUACAGGCGAAAGGCCUUUUUCCACUGCACCGUGGAUCAACUAUUUCUCAAGAAGUCAACCUUUACUCCGAGUCACUGCUCCGGAGACUCAAAGGCUGUUUUUCCCGACGUCACCUAUAACGCCUGUUAUUCACAAUAUUCCAUUGGUGAAUACUUUCACUAAUCAUUUGACGCAAAUGGCGAAUUUCGUGACACUUCAUCGAACCCUUCCUGCCAAUAUCCCCUCUUCUGUCGAUGGGCAUAAGGCUUGGUUUGCGAAACCCGUUGUUGCACCUUAUUCUGCAAAAAUGCCGCUGAGCGGCACAUUCUCCGAUGGCCUACAUAAGGCUGUGGUCCCAUCCAUGCAUCCAUUUCGUGAGAAUGUUUCUUAUAUGAAAAACAAGUAUGAGCCGUUGUUAGCUCACAGGAAAAUAGACAAAGAAAUUCAUGGUACCCAAUCCAAACAUUCGUCUGCUAAGGAAGUCUCCGAUGAAGCCAAAAAUGCGCAUUGCUUGUUCCGUAAUGACGAGGCAAGUUCUGGCCAAGUCAUUCGUAGCCGUGAGGGCUCGUUGCAAGAAAGCAAAAGUUUGUGGACUGGGUCAUUCGACACUAGAUAUGAAAGGAAAGCGAUUGGUCAAUCGUGCAGUACUCAAUCUGAUAGGGGCAGUACGCGAUCUGGUAAUGGUAGUAUACGAGCUGGUUGUGGCCAUACUCAAUCUCAUGAAAAACUUGAAACACUAAAUGGCACCGGUCAACCUGAAAUAGACAGAUAUAAGACCUUAGACGGCAUGUUUGCCAGAACGUCUUCUCUCCAUGUCUCUCUUUGCCCAAAGUCGAAAUAUCACACUUCGCUUGAUGACGACGAUCAAAAUAUUUUAUCCGGUAAUGAAGUCGAGAAUAGCAAUAAUGAAGAUACUUUGUCGGAAAAUCAAAUGCUAACUAGUGAUUCAAUGCCUUCUUAUGGAAAACCAAUGAAAAGCGAGGGAGAAUCGCCGGUCGAAGAACUUAGUAAUACGUCUGUCGAGAAUUGUGCUCGCAAAAGAAAUGAAACGAUAACUAACACGUCUGAGAGCAACAUGGUUUCCACUCUCCAAGCUCGUGGCAACAUGACGAACUCGACGAAACAGAAGCAAGCUUUGAGUAAACUGAAAAAAAUUAUUACGGACUCCGAUUCGAAUGUCGAAAAAGCCGCACUGAAAUCCAACAUCUCUCUUUCAAACGAGAAAAAAGUUGAUUGGAAAAUCUCGAAAAAUAGAGAAGUGGAAGAUGGCAAAGAAAAAGCUUCAGCAAGUGGACGCCAUGGCAUCUCCGUUGAUGAAAAGCGUCGACGAAUCGACUCACGUGAGGAGCAAAAUGUGCUGGAAACUAAGAGCUUGUCCAAACAUUCUUACUCUGCAGGGUCCAAACAUGUCCAAAGUUUGCGCGAUAAGCAUGUUGAAAAGAAAGAAAAAACGAAAAAGGAAGACGAGGAAGAUGAUUGCGAUAUUGUUCUUGAUCUUGACGACUUUGAUCCGGGAGAGCAAAUUACCGAACAGACUGAGAAGGACUUCGCUCGUGGUGGUAUUCCUACAGCAAUGUCACUAAGUGAAGUAAAGCUAGCUAUAAAACGAGGCGACGUCGCCACAGUCCUGGCUUCCCUUGCUGGUGGUAUGAACGUCAACUCUCAAGACGGUAUGACGGGAAUGACUCUACUGGCGAGGGCCGUCUCUUUGGAUCAAGAGAGUAUUGUAAAAGUGCUUCUUGAUCAUGCGGCGAAAGUGAAUAUCAAAGAUAAUACUGGAAACACGCCGCUUCUUCUUGCCUGCGAGAAGGGAGUUGAAAACAUAGUGCUCAUGCUGCUAAACGCUGAAAGUGAUAUUAACGCCAAGCAGUCUCUAAGUGGAGAAACACCUCUUAUCAAGGCUAGCAUGAAUGGACAUUAUUCUGUGGUCGCUGUGUUGCUUGUACACGGAGCUGAUUGUCAAAUGAGAAGUUUAUCCGGUCUGACCGCCGCCCAAACGGCGGCCGAGUGUGGAUACUUUGAUAUCCGAGAUCUUAUUGAAUCGCAUAACAAGAGAGUUCAAGAUUGCAUCGAGACGGCGAUCGCCGAUUGCUUACGAGACUCGGGGACGUUGAUGAAUCCGCCUAUUUUACCGUUUGUCAGUGUAUAUCCUACUGACGGGCAGACAUUCAAGUAUCAUUUUCAUUACGACAAGUCGCUGUUAGGUAAAACUAUUUUACUGUUUUGCCUUCGCGCUGUGUUCUCGAGAAGUGGUCAAGUCAACCUUAGUUUUUGUAAAGACAACGGUGUUCAUACUGUUUUGCUAAAUGGUUCGUUGCAGUCGCCUGUAUUACCUAAUAUCAAAUCAGUUUUCUUGCUGCAGCCAAAGUUGGAAACGAACCGACUGGUCCUUCAAACAUAUCAAUCUCAUGUUCAACUGCUAGUUUGCAUAUACGCCUCGCAGUGGGAUGAAACGCUUUUGAAGAAAGAGUACAAGAACAAACCAGGUUGAAACAUUAUUUAAGUCGCGUGCUUCCCAGGCCUGCUGCAAGAAUCCGAUAUAGCACCGUCCAUAGAAUAGCGACUUUCUAUAUUUUCGUUGCCAAAGUAGAACUUUUUUUGUCUUUGUAUUUACUUUAUUGUAGCUUUUAUUGUUUCGAAAGAUUGGUGAAAGUAUCAUAUAUACAUAUACUUACCGCUAUUCAGGCUUUCUGGAACAGGCUAUGUCGGAUUCAACUUUUGUCUUAACCUUUCUUUAAAGGAACCUAGCGAAGUCAAGGUUUUAUCCAUGCAUAAGAAAACGAAAUAUGACGGCGGAUUGCACGAAGAAAAUUCGCUGUUUAGGAAUAUGCAUAAGCUCAAAUUAUUUAUGAACAAUUUUUUAACCAAACAUUUAUCCUUAUGCGUGAAAAUGUUAUUUACGGAACGUCCAGUGCGUUUGGUAAAAUAUCAAAUCGCUUUAGUUCUAGGAUGAGAGGGUUCGUCAAAGGGUAUUGGCCAGGUUGGGGUAUAAAACAUAUUUUGGUCAUUGGAUUCAUAAAAUUACACUUUAAAUUUUCCCUUUGAAAAUCUUUCUAGUUUAAUGUUGCUACAGCAAAGCACAUAUAUUGUAUGGAGUAGGGAAGCCAGCCAGCAUCUUUUCGUCAUGCUAUGUAAAUUUUAUAGAAUCAUCAUUAUUUAUUACUUUGGAGAUCUAUUGUUUUUUCGAUGCCUGAAAAAGGAAAAAUUUCCAGAGCAGGACGAAACGAGCUGGCUGGAUUGGUUUUGAAUUUCUAAGGAAUAUAAUUUUACCAAUAGGUACUCCAAGGUACUUAGAAAUGUAAAUAUAUACAAAAAUGCGGUGCUUUAAUUUAUUUUGACUUUCCCCAGAUCCGCCACUGAAUGAAAUAUUCAUUUAACAGAGGUUUACCCUAGUGUAUCACACUCACGCACUUCACAAUGAACUUUCCCCAUAUUUUAUCGUACACAUCUGAGUCUCUGUCAGUAAGUUGUAAAUACAGACGGUAGUUUUUUACGGACAAAUUGGGCUUUAUUUUCGUGUAUGCACAUAUUAAAUAAUUUCGAAUCGGCA